CUCCCAUUUUUCCCCCUUUCUCGACACACAUUUGAAUAUUCCAGAAUUUUUGAAGUACCUAACCCUAGCCAGCGGUGGUGUCGAAGCUCUCAUCCGUUUCCAAGCUUUAUUCACGCCGUCAACAAGGUGAUCGGAAGCUCUCAUCUUGUUUCCAAGCUUUAUUCACGCCGUCAACAAGGUGAUCGGAAGCUCUCAUCCCGUUUCCAAGCUUUGAUUUUGUGUUUGGGUUGAAUCGGGUUGCUGGAAAACCACCAUAGCUACACCUACGACGUAAAAAAAACGGAGCACUUACAAAGGUACAUACUGCCCUUUCGUGGUGAGCAUAUUUGGUGGGCAUUUGAGCUUGAAUUUGUAAUUAUAUCUGUAUGCUUUGGUGUGCUAACUUCAUUAUGUGGGGUGCUUUGAUUAUCUAGCCCGACAUAAUAUGAGCCUUUGUGUUACAUCUAAUUUUGAAUUUAAUUCCAUCAUUCCCAUUGUUCUUCCGUUUUUGCUGAAUUUUUUUUGAAUGUGUGCAUAUGUAUCAUAUUGAUAGAUUAGUCAGGAACUUAUUUGGUGAUCAGCCUACCAAACAUUUUACACUACCAUUACGCCAUAGCCGCGAUGAGAACUCCAAUUAAUUCCGCUCGAUUACUGAUGAUGCUCGAAGACAUCAUGCUAUUAUACCGGGUAGAGAGCACAAUUCUCGUACAACGUUACAUCAGAGCCCGCACAAAACGUGCUAGGCGUAGGAUCAUUGAACAUGCGAGGCAGUACAGCUUGAUAAGUAAGGUCCCUCAGCAAUUGAUACACUUGGAACGACUCAUUCAUGUCACUGAUGUGGACUGCAUUCUAACUUAAGAAUGGAUCGCAACACAUUUGGGAAGUUGUGUCGCAUCCUCACUGAGCAGGGAGGUUUAUUAACAGGGAAAUGCUUAGGUAUUGAAGAACAUGUGGCGAUUUUUGUUGGUGUCUUAGCGCAUCACAAUAAAAACCGCGUUGUUCGUUUCAGUUUUUUUAGGUCUGGUUCGACAGUGUCCCAUUACAUGAACAAGGUUUUAGGGGCUGUUUUGAGUCUCCACAGAGUGUUAUUGUCGAAGCCUACACCCGUGCCUGAUGAUUGCAUUUAUCACAGAUGGAAAUGGUUCAAGGGCUGUCUCGGUGCACUCGACAGUACACACAUCAAUGUACUGGUUAGCAACAGUGACAAACCGCGUUAUCGCACGCGAAAAGGGUCUAUUGCAACGAACACCUUGGCUGUUUGCGAUCGCAAUAUGCAGUUCGUUUAUUUCCUACCUGGUUGGGAGGGGUUCGCCGGCGACUCUCGCGUACUCAGGGAUGCUGUGGCGCGACUCAACGGCCUAAGAGUUCCACAGGGCUGUUACUAUUUAUGUGACAAUGGCUACGCCAAUAGUAACGGUUUUUUGACGUCGUACAAAGGGGUUCGAUACCACCUUAAGGAAUGGGGCAUAGGGAAUGCACAGCCACAAAAUCCGAAGGAAUUGUUCAACAUGAGGCACAACAAGGCUAGGAAUGUAAUUGAGAGAGCCUUUGCUGUUUUGAAGAUGUGUUGGGGGAUAUUACGUAGUGCGUCUUUUUACCCAAUUCAAACACAAAUCAGAUUGUCUUGGGCGACGGCAUACUCGAAUGCAGAUGUGGCAGGGGGGAGAUGGAGUUGCGUCGUGCAGGGAAAACGGCAGUCAAUGCAGGAAGAUACUACUUCAAAUGUCCUGACAAACUGAACCAUGUUGGAUCAUUUCAGUGGUACGACGAGUCUAUCCGGGGGCUAGGAGGGAAAAGUGGCUUAGAAGGCCAGGGAAGAACACUUCUGGCUGAGGAACAUAGUUCUAAUGCCAACUGCAGUGCGGUCGAAUAUAAAGGCUGUGGCCAUUGCUGCCGCGCUUCAAACCCGCACGAUUUGAAGACCCUAAUGCAGCUUAGGUUCAUGGCCGUCGUGUUGGUAGUAGUAGGAAUAAUUAUAGGCAGGCUUCUGUAAACUGUCUCUUAGUCAGCACUGGGGUGCACUUUUUGUUAAUUAUGUCAGUGUAUAUGAUACUUUCUAGUGAUACUUUUGUAUUUUGACAGAUGACAUUUUGUUGUUGUAUGUAAUAUCAUCAGUAGAUGAUUCCGGUGGGUAUGAAAGGGUAUGUUUAUCUCAA